CGUUUCAGCGAUUGUUCCACUGUACAGUUUGGCAACACUGGUCUUUCUCUACCGCGUGCGCCAUAUUCGAAUGUGUUAUGCCGGCGUUAUUUCAUCUCAUUCGGCCUUUCCGGUAAUGUGGGUAACUCGCCGACGUUUACACUUAUUUGAAUAGUACAUGCCGACAGAGGACUAUGGAAGAACGUCUACUGGAAAAGUUGAGAUCCCGGCAGCUGGACGGGUUUCUGAGUGGUGUUACAGCACACCUCAAAGCUCUCAGCGGAAGCAAAGCACACUGCCUCUCAUUUUUAAAAAGUCUCUUCAAGCAUGCUGUGAAGUAUCACGACGGCAUGAACAUGGAGAGACUUCCUACAGAAAUUGCAGAGUCUCUCAAUCUGGGCCUACAAGAGCUAGAAAAAAUUCAACUUGAUGGUUCUGCUGAUCUCACAAACAUCUUGUAUCAUGUGUUCAGCCUCCUUCUAAAAGAGAAACUGUUCGCGAUUGCUCUCAAGGCUUCGAGCAUCAUUCUGCUGAUAACUCGGUCAUCUGACCCAAAAGAGCCUAAACUCCAAGUCAUUGUGGCUAAUGCUUAUGUUCAAGUGUGGAACACUUCCCUGAAACUUUGCCAGGAGAACUUUGCUUUGUACCAGUCCACAAUCUAUGAACUUCAAGUUCAAGCCAUAGAGUUCUUAUGCCUGAAAGAUGAUAUGCAGGCCGUGGCAGACAGGACUCUUCGUGUUGCAACGUGGUGUGUGUCCAUGCACAAACAGCAGUCAAAAAUAACUGCUCUUUAUGAAACAAUACUCCCUCAAAUUCAGAAGCUGCUGCUUCGAACAUCCAAGAGCACAAGGGCUAACGUGCCUCCACUUGUGGAUCUGCUGCUCGACCAUAAAAAGCUGUCUGCUAAGGUGGCCGUGGAUUUUUCCCUACAACGUAAAUGGGAGAAAAUAGCAGAUGUAUCCUUGUUUGACAAUGACCGACAACUGCAUGCACACAUUGGAGUCCUGUUCGGCAUUGUCGACCAGGUAUAUGCCAUCCACCAGUGCAUGCUGAACGAGAGUGCCGUGCCAUCUGUCAAGUUGUUGUUGACACUCAACUGGGACAACUGCAAGCAAAACUCUGAAGAGCUAAAAUGCGUAAUGGCAAUUGUCAACACCUUGGGAGUAAAGAUGGCUGAAAUUCAGUGCUUCAUUGAUGACUCUGAGCACAAACAGGGAUUUAUGCCCAUCAUGUAUGCUGUGUUAGAGUUUGGCCCCUUCUUGAAAGAAUAUCUUUCUCAUUUGUACCGCAUUGGUGUCUACGAUGAGCCUGUGGAAGUCACUCUGAAAGUGCUGCGGUUUAUUCUUACACACUACAUGUACAUCAUACAAGAGACAAAAGAUUUAAAAAGGUUGCAUAAGGUUCUGAGCAAAGCCAAGGAAUAUUAUCCUGAGAACCUUUCAGAAAUUGUUCAAGGUGGUGCUGCUCACCUAGGCGAAACGGAACACCUUGCUUCCAUCUUUUAUUUCCUAGCUUAUAGCUGCAUUCAGCAUAAGCUGAAUAAAUUCAUCAUAAUGUUUGGAGAAAUGAGCAUUGAACUUCACAGGCUGCAAAUAAAACCGGGUUCAGGGAAAGACAAAGAUGAGACUGUGAAGGGGUUCUGGAAAAAGUGUGAGCUGCUUAUUUGGGCAUAUCGACAAGAAGCCUUGUUCGUUGAAGCGAUGCAAGCUACUGCAAAGGCCAUGCCUGCUGUUCCUGAUAUGGGCCCUGCCAUUGUUACUCGUUGGGUCAAAACAAAAAGGGAUAUCACUCACCCAGUUCUGCUGAAAUGCACACUAGUAGACCAAAUGAAGCAGCUGAACUUGGAGAUGACUGGCAAUGAGAAAUUUCAUCUCCUUUUUAUGGAAUUGAACAUUUCCAUCAAGGAAGGCCUUUCUUCAGACAUUUGCCUGCAGGUAUUCACAGAGAUGGAGGAAAUGGUUUCAAGGUGCUCUGGGAAAUUGAAAAAAUGUUGCAUGCUUGUGGAAAAAGCACACAUUCUUUGGCAUUUUCCUCACCUGGAGGCUGCACUUGACGAUACCUUUGAGGAAAGCUGCACGAAAGCUGUGAGUGCUGCAACCAUGCUCGUCGAAACCACAGAAAAGAUGAAAGAUGUUUCUCAACUCCUGCUAGCCACAGCACACUUCUGGUCAUUCUUUAGUAAAAUUGACAGCUUGCGCAACAUGGCUUCCAAGGAACUUGCAGAAGCAGCUGUAGAUUUAACAGAAAUAAAGUGUGAUGACCCAAUCCUGAACCAAGCUCUUGCAGAAGAAAAAGACUAUUCCUGUGAUGUAAUGGGCUAUUUACAUAUCAACUUGGGUAAUGAGCUGGAUGUGCAGCGAUCACUUGAUGAUGCUCUGUCAUUGUGGAGUGGAAUGGUUCUCAACAACUCAGACGGGUGUAAGCUGCGAGAUGACGUGAUGCAUUUCUGGUUCCUUGAUCACAUUAAGGUUGCAGCAGAAGUCUAUGCAUCUUCCUUGAGGACUUCAGAAGAGGUGAAAGCUUUGACGCUAUGGUAUGUUGCUGCCAAGGAGUUAAGUUUGCCACAAGAGCAAGUGUUAGCAGCAGCUGGCUUAUCUACUAGCCUCACAAAGCUAGGACUUGUUGGUGCAGCCUUUGAGGUGAUACAGAACAACAGAGAAGUGGUCAGUGGCCUUGAAGAUGGUCUGCCAAAGCUACGCUUCUUGCUGGCGAGGGCACAAGUGCUGUACUCCAAGGGACAGUUUUCAGAAGGUCAAGAACUUGUGAGGAAGCUUCUCACUCACCCUGUUCUGCAAAAGAAAACAAAGUCCUGCCACAUGUUUAUGGCAGAUGCAAAACUCCUUGCAUGUCGGUUCGCAAUGUUGCCACCAGCAUCUGUAACGCAGCAUACAAUAGAGCCGAGUGACACGCCUAUUAACCUAGCCCAAGACGCACUCAAGUUAGCACAAAGUGUACUGCGGCACCUUGCUGAAGGAAAGCAGGGAGACCCUCAGGACCUGCACACAAAGUUUGUGUUAGAAAGACUGUUACUGGACUCUGCGGCCAUGCUUGGGUACUUGUACACUAACAUUGGUGCAGCAAGAGAAGCGUACUGCUUUCUGAAGGAGUAUUUGCAGCGAGCUCAGCAGCUUGUUUCCUCUACAAGCUGUGGGCGACUGAUUCUGCUUAUCACCCAAAUGGACCUUCUUUGUGAAAAAUUACACGAUGUAAAGGUGAAAUUGAACGGCAUAGAGCUUCUACUUCGAGCGGGAACAUUCAGUCGGCUAGCCUUCCAGCCAUCCAGUGAAGAUACCGCUGACUGUCCGUUGCAGCUGUCUUCCCCAUCAGUUAUGAGCCAUCGUAUGGCUGCGAGCCAGUUCUUGGCAAGGAACAAGUCUCGAGAAACGCCUUCUGUGCCAUCCUCGUGCAAACUUGAGUCUGCUCACGAUCAAGAGUGUUCGUGUCACCUGUGCCGCUGCUUCCAUGUGAUGGAGAUGCGUCUGGAGAGGAACUUACUUCGAUGUAUCCUCUACUUCACUGUUGGCGACAUCUCGGUGGCUCUGACAGCACUGGGGUCUCAAGUUACAUUCCACGAUGCACUGUGUGACAAACUGAAGAAGGAGUGUGUCGAUGUCCUCUCCUUCUUGAAGCUCCACUUGAUGCCACUGUCACCAAAGAUCUCUCAAAGCAUUGGAGGUUGGGGAAAACUUCUUGGAAUUCAUGCAAGAAUCUUGCUUCACAUGUCAGAGGUGCAUCUUGCGUGCAAGAGUUACUCUGCGGCACUAGACUGUGCGAGUAGAGGCCUGACAAUUUUGUCUCAGCAAACUGGAUGUAGGGCAUACCAUUAUGACCUUUUUGCAAGUUUGACGCACCAGAAAGUCAGGGUCUUGCUUGAGGCUCUGUCUCGAACGAAAGGUUCCGAAGGGGAUCUGAAAAGAAACUCUGUAUGGCUGUGUAAUGUGAAUGAGCAUGCAGUUGGAAAUGCCGUGACAGUGUGUCCAAGAACUGCUCUGUCACCUGUGCGCCAACCUGGAAGUGGUAGCUCGCCCUUCAAGACUCCCAAUGCACCAAAAAGGAAGAAAAACAUGCUAGAUAAGUACCUUCGGAGCCUUGAGUGUGAAGCCAAGCCAGCAUCCAACAGACGGUCUGCAGCAUUUCUUGUGCUUGAUGAAGACGAUGUGGAGAGUAAAGGGCAAAGCAAGCCGGAAGGAGUUGCCACCAGAACAAGGGGUGCAAGGGUAACUAGGCAACGGGCGUUAAGCCGACCAGACACCCGAAGCCGAGCAUCUCUUGCAGCUGUUACUAAGACCACGGAUGCUACGAGACAGCCCCAAAGAAAACCUUCAGGAGCAAAAGGCCAGGCAGCCACAACAAAUUUAACAUCGUCUAGCAGUUUCUCUCUUGCAUCAGUUGAUUCCGUGGAUGGUUCCAAGAGUUCUCACCAGCAGACACGAGGGGCACGGGCAUCAAUACUUAACAGGAUUGAAGAGGAAGCAGUGACUGCUGUGGUGAGGUCCUCACAUGCUGAUGAAGCAGACUUCUCUGAAUUACCAUGCAGCCAGCACAUUCGAAGGGAAGUGUUAACACAAGAGGAAGCCCUGCAUAUCCCAGAAGCUUCUUUGGAUGACCUGAAGCUUCAGCUUGAGGACGCACUACAGCUAGCAGUUCAUUUUCCUCCAUGCCCUCUGUACUCUGAAAUGUGCAGGACCAUGGUACAAGUGCUUGCAUUGCAGGAAAAGUGUAGCAACGAGCACAGACAAAUCUCAUCGUGGUACCUCAGCCAGACUGCAGCAGUAACACUCCAGCAUCUUGGCCUCAACUGCUUAAACAAGACAAUCAGGAGACAAGCUGGGGAUGACACGAAGGAAUUGAGCAGCUUUUCAUUGAAGAAAGUGGAAAUGCUGCAGUUCAAGCUACUUGUGGGAAGAGAAGCGGGACACCUCAAGGAAAUGUUGGACAUAAUUCCAUCAGAUUGGACAGUGGUGCAGAUCACUGCUGCAGAUACCAUCAGCAAAGCUGAGAAUGGGGCAGCACUGACUCCUGAUUUGUUGGUGUGCCAGUAUGUGAAAGGAAAAUGUCCAAUCACUGUGCAGCUUAGUGGGUCCUCUGAUGCUCAGUUUCACAGGUGCCUCUUUGAUGAAUACAAGAGCAUCAUGAGCGAGAGUGUUGCAACAAUGAAAACCACAGACCCAGCACUUUGGUGGAGCAUACGACGUGCCUUAGACAAACGACUGAAGGAGCUUACUGAAAGCAUUGAAAACAUAUGGAUGGGAUGUUGGAAAUGUGUUUUCAACGGGAAACCUGCAAGUUCAGCGUACCAGCAAGCUCUAAAUUCCACCGUAACCCAGGUCUUGAGCAAGGCAGCAAAGCACAAGUUGGAGUGCUGCAGCAGGAGGCUUCUCGAAGCUGUGGUAGGCUCUGUGGCUGACCUUAGUGCACAGCAGCUGUCUGUGGCGGUGUGUCAACUGUUUGGUAUCACCAGCACGCACCUGGCACAUAAUGCCCUAGUUCAGAUAAUGGAGAACUUUGACAAGGGCCCGACAAAGAGGCAUCCUGUGAUCCUUAUUCUUGGCAAGACGAUUCAAGCCUUUCCAUGGGAAAGUGUGCCAAUACUGCGAAAAAACUCUGUAAGCAGAGUGCCCUCCCUGGCCUACUUGCAUGCGCAGCUGAAUUAUUACCAGAUGAUGACCGAGAAUGUUUACGUAAAAGGAGUGGACUCCCGAAAGACCUAUUUUAUUCUGAACCCAAGUAACGACAUCCCAAAAACCCAGGCGCAGUUUGAAGUGAUGUUUAGAAAAGAAGGAUGGCCAGGUGUCUGCGGUAAACCUCCAGAGAAAGAAGAGUUCCAGUCUGCUAUUGCUGGCCAGGACCUCAUUCUCUACUGUGGGCAUGGCUCCGGCAGAGAAUAUCUUUGUGGAGAUGUAAUAGAGCAGAUGCUGUGUCAUGCCUGCCCUAUUCUGAUGGGCUGUGGCAGUGGUCGCCUUAAAGUCUUUGGCUCACGCAUUGAACCCGUUGGAGUGGUGCUUCAGUACUGGCUAGGAGGAAGUCCUUGUGUUGUUGCAAACCUCUGGGAAGUGACUGACAGAGACAUUGACAGAUUCACAGAGGAACUCCUGAGACUGUGGAUCCCCCAGCUGGUGACCAAAGACCAUGUGCCAGAUAUCACAACAGCAGUCCAGUCGUCAAGGAAAGCCUGCAAGUUACAGCACCUGGUCGGGGCCGCACCAGUUGUGUACGGCAUCCCUGUCUUGACGCUGCCUUUCAAAGCAGUACAAUUCGACGAAGCUGCAUGAAUACGGCACAGAUGCACUUUUCAAUGCGGCAAGGUCAUGUAAUAAUGCGCUUCCAAUCUUCGCAUUGUGUGUAAUUAAGAUCUUUUAUGAGAGCUACCCCUAUAUGACAUGCAACUUAUAGGUUGCAGUAAUGACUACAACUUUUAGCAAUAUUUUAAUUACAAUAAAUUUUACACCAUUGAAGAAUAAAUAUGGUUUUGCACUUUUGAA